AUGGCUUGUGCCAGUGCAAAUGGCCAUUUUUGCCCGCCGAUGAUUAUAUAUCCUGGCCAGCGCUUUAGAUAUGAACCCUUAGAAGGUGUUCAGGAGGCCCAUAUGGGUCGCAGUGAGUCUGGAUGGAUGGAUUCAGAACUCUUUUGUCACUGGUUACUGACCUGUUUCAUCCCAGCUAUUGAUUCAAGGUCUGUCAAGCGGCCUGUUCUGCUAUUCAUAGAUGGACACUCAACGCAUAUCUCCCUCGAAGCUUCCAACAUUUGCAUAGCUAAUGGCAUUGAACUGUAUUGCUUGCUUGAACACAGCUCUCAUAUAAUGCAGCCUUUAGACCUAAGGCUUUUUGCUACACUCAAACAGCAUUGGAAAGAAGCUGUUAGGUCCUUUCAAGUUGAAAAUGCUGGCUCUUUUGUCACAAAACGCAACUUUGCUGGUGUCUUUAAGUCUGCUUGGGAAAAAAGCACUUCAAUUGAAAUAGCCAUGAAAGGAUUUAUGGAGGCAGGCCUGUUUCCUAUAAACCCAGAUUGUGUUACAAAGUCUAUAAAAUUAGAGCCAAGCAAGGUAUUUCAAUCUUCCACUGAAAUACCAAAGUUACAACAGGUCAUAGCGAGUGACAAACAACAGCAGAAGUCUGAUCAAGCAUCUUCUUUCAAUGUUACUGAUAGCACAGAUAAAUCACAAAUAAAGGAAUCUGUUGAUACACAACAACCUUCACUGCCUGACAAACAGGUAGAGGUGUUAGUUGUUAACAAUCAUUCUGUUUCUGAGACUGCUCAGUCACAAACAUCUUGCACAGAGGCUACAAGUACUCCAUGA